GCGGCGCAGGGCCUUCGUAACGCUUCCUGGGUCGUACGACCUUGGUUGUGGCUCCAGUGAGUUCUUCCGCGCGCCCUCGCCCGGACCUGCUACUGCGAUGUUGGCUCUGCGUUGUGGCCCCCGCUUGUUCGGUCUACUCACCGGCCCGCGCUCCGCGCCGCUGCUUCUCUCCGCGACCCGCGCCUGCAGCGACGGCGGAGCCCGCGACCCGAACUCAUCCUCCCGGAACCCGCUUGUGUACUUGGACGUGGGCGCCGAUGGGCAGCCACUCGGCCGCGUGGUUCUGGAGCUAAAGGCAGAUGUCGUGCCAAAGACAGCAGAGAACUUCAGAGCCCUGUGCACUGGUGAGAAGGGCUUCGGCUACAAAGGCUCCACCUUCCACAGGGUGAUCCCAGCUUUCAUGUGCCAGGCUGGCGACUUCACCAACCACAAUGGCACAGGAGGCAAGUCCAUCUAUGGGAGCCGCUUUCCUGACGAGAACUUCACGCUGAAGCAUGUGGGGCCAGGUGUCCUGUCCAUGGCAAAUGCAGGCCCCAACACCAAUGGCUCUCAGUUCUUCAUCUGCACGAUAAAGACAGACUGGCUGGAUGGCAAGCACGUCGUGUUCGGCCAUGUCAAAGAGGGCAUGGAUGUUGUAAAGAAAAUAGAAUCUUUCGGCUCAAAAAGUGGAAAGACAUCUAAGAAGAUUGUCAUCAUGGACUGUGGCCAGUUAAGCUAACUUACAGCCAAGGUGCUAGGACAGUAGCAGCCAAGCAGCCACCCGUGUGUCAAUUCAUCCGGGUACUCCAAAGAACUGUUUGUGCCCACACCCCCUUACUGAGUAUGAGGAAGGCCACAUGGUCCUCCACAGGACCAACUGCUCUCAACUCUCUGUCCUUCCUCAGAUCCCAUAUCUGAGCAUCAGUGUGGCCAUCGGGCCAUGUACCCUCAACAAGUG